AUGCAGUACCCCCAUGCCGGCAGCCUCCCCAACGGCUUCUCGUCAGCGCCAAACUACUCGGCCACCAAGCACAAGGCCAUUGAAGAUGCUCGUGCCGCCCAGGCCAUCGUGGUGCACGAGUGCGCCGAGGCCGGCCGCGAGGUGCCGCCCUACAAGCUGCUGGAGCUCAUCGGCAAGGGCAGCUUCGGGCGCGUGUACAAGGCCGUGGGCACCAAGACGAGCCAGCUGGUGGCCGUCAAGGUCAUCAGCAUCGAGGAGGGCGACGGCAUCUCGCCGGGCGCGGCCGAUACCUUUGGCGACAUCAUCAAGGAGGUCAACACGCUCAAGCUGCUGAGCAACAGCGGCGCCCGCAACGUCAACGCCGUCGUCGACACCCAGCUGGUCGGCCAGGCCGUCUGGAUGGUGACCGAGUACUGCGCCGGCGGCAGCGUCGCGUCCCUGAUGCGGCCCACGAGCGGCCUAGCAGAGCGCUGGAUCAUCCCGAUCCUACGCGAGGUGGCCGAGGCGCUGUUCUGGGUGCACAAGCAGGGCAUCAUCCACCGCGACAUCAAGUGCGCCAACGUGCUCGUCACCGAGGCGGGCGGCGUGCAGCUGUGCGACUUUGGCGUCGCCGGCAUCAUGGAGACCAAGUUCGACAAGCGCAGCACCAUCACCGGCACCCUGCACUGGAUGGCCCCGGAGCUCUUCGACCCCCAUGUCGCCUACGGCAUCGAGGUCGACAUCUGGGCCUUUGGGUCCAUGGCCUACGAGAUCGCCAACGGCCUGCCGCCAAACGCUACCGCCAGGAUCAACAUCCAGCAGUUUGGCGCCUACCUCAAGCAGCAUCGCCCGCGUCUGCAGGGCGACAAGUUCUCUGACAACCUCAAGAACCUCAUCGCCUUCUGCCUGGUGGAGGACCCCAAGCGACGGCCGCCCAUAGAGGAGAUCCAACGACACCCCUACAUCUUCAACACGCAGGACAGAUAUCCAACCGUCUCUCUUUCCAAGCUGGUGGCCGAUUAUAAGCACUGGGAGUCUCAGGGUGGCAGCAGGCAGUCUCUCUUCUCGGCCGGCGGCGCUCAGGGACCGCGCAGGGACCGAUCUCCGGUCCGCCAGAGCGGCUGGGACUUUGGAAACUUCGACGAGGUGGAUGAGCUCAUGUUCCAAAACACGGCCAAGCCGCGUGCCGCUCCCGAGUACUACCCCAGCGUUGCCUCGAGCCCCGAGAACACGGCAAGGCCAAUGCAACGCCGCCGCAGGCGUCCACCGCCAACCAUGAAGGAGCUCAAGGCGCCUCUGGAAAAGGUGUUUGAUCCGUAUACAAUCACCAACUAUGGCGACAACUCGCGAGCCUGGUAUGGCAGAAUACCGAUGCCACCUCCAACUUCGGCCCCGCCGCCAUCCUCCCAGAAGAAACCAAAGCCAGAGCUCAAAUCAGAACCGGCAGCGCCGGCUCGCGAGUCGUUGAUCGAUCUUGACCUUGCGUUUGACGACACCCCGGCGACGCCCAACCUUGACGAGGAGACAAUCAAGCCAGCCACCCGGCCCAUCUCGAUUGACUUGAGCGGAUCCGUUGACGAGCGCCGCAAGACUCAAGACUGGGACUUUCCAGCCAAACGCGCCACUCAGGAAUGGUCAUUUCCCACUUCAGACAAGCGGGAUACACAGGAGUGGUCCUUUCCCACAGCCAAACGCGACACCCAAGAGUGGAAAUUUCCAACCUCGGAGAAGCGAAAGACGCAGGAAUGGAGCUUCCCUUCAGAGGACAAGCGAAGCACGCAGGAGUGGACGUUUCCCACAGCCAAACGCGACACUCAGGAGUGGAGUUUUCCAGCCAUGACGCCCAGAUCGGCCACCUUUACGCCCAACCCAGACAACUAUAGCGAUAACGAGGAUUACUCUGGUGACGCACACGCAUCUCAUCCGCCUCAAUUUGACGACAUGGGCGCCUCGACGAAUCGGGACUCGGCCAUGAGUCUUAUUGAUCUCGAUGCCUCUUUGGCAGACGACGGGGGGUACAGUGCCCCUGGUUCCUUUGUGCCAAGCUCGCAUGUGCGAUCGUCCGACUCGGUCCACGGAUCUCUGUCCUUUGACCUGGAACUUGAAACCGAGGCGGAAACGAACACAAGAGAGCCCUCUCUAUACAUAGAUGAUGACAUGGAGUCUGUCCCUUCCCUCACACGGCAAUUGAGCGACCUGCAGAGCACGCCUACGACCCCUGACGAACGGCCAAACAUUGCGUGGGAAUCAUCUGGUCUGGGGAUCAUGACGAGUGCUCGGAAUUCCAUGAUGCUUUCCCUCCCGCCCCUUCCCAAUGCCCCCUCGCCAAAUGUUCUUCAAGGCUUGGGCUCACAAGAAGACUUGAAGAACGAACUAUAUCACAUGAUAUCAAGCAUGAGAGAACACCUUCAGUACGCGAAUGACUGGCUGAAAACAUUUGAUACCCCCACACAUGAAGAAGACGAGGAAGAGCACCACGACGAAGAGGAGGAGGAGGAGGAGGAGGAAGACGCAUAG